ACUGAAUAAUGAAUGUUCGUCUGCAGGCACCCGACGAUGUGCGGAGGGGAGGAUGAUCACCUCAUGCUUCCUCUGCAGGAGCCCUUCAAACCCCCCACAGUGAGGCUGGACUCGAGCAGUGCCAGGGUGUACUCCGUCCCCAAGGAGGAGCUGAACAAGAUUACCGAGGAAGUUCCUCCACUUUUCCAGGCAAUUCAGAGUCACGUCGACGGCUUGGUAGAGUUGCUGGACUUACUGCGACAGAAUCCUGAGUCUGUGCAUCUCCGGCAUGACCAAGACACGCCCCUCCACGCCGCCUGCCACGCCCACAACCUCCCCGCUCUUACGGAAUUGCUUGUUAGAGGAGCGCAGGUCGUCCUGCAGAUGGACGUGACCCAACAGGAACAGAUCGACAGCGGUCUCCGCAGCGUCAAGAACCUCCUGCCGCCUGGAGAAGUCCUUUGGGGUCUGGUGAACAACGCCGGGAUCAACCCGUACGGCGCGGUGGAGUGGACCUCGAUGGACGUCUUCAAGAACACGUGCGAAGUCAACCUAUUCGGGACCAUCGCUGUAACGAAGGCCUUUUUGCCUCUUAUCAGAAGUGCCAAAGGUCGCGUCGUGAACGUGGGCAGCGUGCGCGGCAGGAUGGCCUCGCCGCUCGGAGCCGCCUACGAUCCCAAAUCCGGCGUCGAUGCCUUCAUUUUAUGUACCCUGAGGCAUGAAAUGAGAAGAUUCGGCGUUGACGUGUCCUUACUCGAACCAGGAAACUUUACUGCGGGCACCAGCAUCUUCACGGAGGAAAGCAAUCUUCGCUAUUCCCAGAAGAUGUGGCAGGCGAUGGAUGACGGCGUGAAGGCGGAUUAUGGAAAGGACACUUUCGACGAAGCUCUGAAGCGCCAGUUGCAGGUCUCGAAGUCUGGGGACAGGGACGUGACCGAGGUUUCGGAGGCGAUCGCCGAGGCGCUGACUGCAGCUGUUUCCGCAGGCCGCCUACCACCGAUCAGCUCUUCUAUUCGAGUCAUGGUGUUCGUGAGCCAGCACUUCCCGGAGUGGGUCUACGACUACUUGUACAUCGAGUACUUGAUGAAGUAAUAUUUUCUCAAUAAACAAUACGAUGGCUAA